CAACAGCCGUCGAUGCCUCGCGACAAGUCGCCGACUACUGAGUUGUACUGACGCCGCGGCUUCCCUCGCUUAGAACAAGGCGCCAAAGAAUCCAAAGAAAAAGUUCUUGUUCCUCUCACCAGACCCAGAUUGCCGGCGAAAUCAAGCUACAGCUUCCCCCGAUUCCCGGCCUGACCACGAAAUGAUCCGGUUCAUACUGCUGCAGAACCGGCAGGGGAAGACGCGGCUGGCCAAGUACUACGUCCCGCUCGAGGAAUCCGAGAAGCACAAGGUCGAGUACGAGGUGCACCGGCUGGUGGUCAAUCGGGACCCCAAGUUCACCAACUUCGUCGAGUUUCGCACACACAAAGUAAUCUACAGGAGAUAUGCAGGGCUAUUUUUUUCAAUGUGUGUAGAUAUAACUGACAAUGAGUUGGCAUACUUGGAGUGCAUCCACUUGUUUGUCGAGAUAUUGGACCAUUUUUUCAGCAAUGUCUGCGAGCUUGAUUUAGUGUUCAAUUUUCACAAGGUUUACCUGAUAUUAGACGAGUUUAUUCUUGCUGGAGAACUGCAAGAAACAAGCAAAAAGGCAAUAAUUGAGCGAAUGGGUGAAUUGGAGAAGCUGGAAUGAGAACGAGCGGGGAGAGCCAGCAGCUCGUGUACCCCGUGACAAAUUAUUGUACUCCAUUUCUACAUUUGGGCACUUUCCUUGUUAUGUACCCCGUAGCUGUUAUGUGCUCACUUUCCUUGUUCUUCAUUUGGGAUUUUGCUGGUUGAGAGAGUUCAUGAAAAGCUCAUGCUAUUAUUUUCUCUCGGUGGUACCAUGAGAUUGGUCACCAAUUACAA